AUGAAGUACCACUUUACAAUUGACGAAUCACCCCUACGAUCCCCUCGGACUCGUCAGACGCCCUUUUCUGCUACUGUUGUCACUUCAAGUCUGGAUGCAGAACUAUAUUACGUAAGGGAUGGUGUCGUGAACAACUAUGCUACUGGGUUCGUUGUGCCUGUACCAGCACAUAUUGCAGACCUCGAGUUUAUGUGGCAGGGAUUGGGAAGAAAACCGCUGCCGUAUGUGAUGGGUAUAGACUAUGACGUCAGAGCAGCGAGAACCGCCAUGCUGCCGCCACAAGUUAAUAUUUCCGAGAGAGGAUUCGUGCCUACAACUCAGCAAACAUUUCGAAUUCGCCUGCCAUGCACGGGAGCUGUGAAUCAAGAGAUUUUAGUAUUGAUACAGUUAAAUAUAUCGUCAGCUGAUCGCUCAAAUAAGGACGUGCGCCUACUUUUCAAGAGGAACAAAAUUUGUUUAGCUGGCGUAUCAACAAUAGUCACUCAAAACGAAACUGCAAGAUUAGCGGGGGACGCGGGACGUAACUCAGGUGGAGUGCUAUUUGCUGCUGGCGGUUGUGCCGCAGCAGCAUUGCUGUUACUCGCCGGAGUAGCCGCCGCGGGGACGUUAUAUAAGCGCGGGAACAAAGCAAGACAUCAUGAUUCCAUACACACAUCAUACACGACGGCAGCAUAUCAGUAUGGUAGCCAUCAAAACGUUCUUCUUCGAUUGGACACACUCGGCCGCCCACCAAGUUCUACGGGAUCUUACGCGACUAUAGCGAGUCUACAUAAGUUUCCAUUCGGGAGUCGAAGAUCACCAUCUCCAUACGCAACCACACACAUCAGUGAUCACGUGUACGCGAAGCCGGAGUCACGUGUGUCCUACUACGCUGCCUCUAACUUAACACAUGUCUCACAGCAAACAAUAACGAAAGAUCGUGUUACGGAUCCGGCGGAACAGCUUCGGUUACUAACCACGCCUCGAUCGAACAUUCGGCUCGAGAUUCUGGUCCAAGAAGGCACUUUUGGGCGAAUUUAUAAGGGCGUGUUCAAGAGAGGAGAUACGUAUGAAGAGGUCCUAGUGAAAACUGUGUCAGAGUAUUUAUCAUUGACGCUUGUAGAUGCUGCAUCAGCCAUGCAAGCGGCUUUAUUAGUAGCUGAAGGUCUACGGUUCUUCGGUCUGGUGCAUGCAAAUGUGCUAUCUCCAAUGGCAGCCUGCGCAGAAGAAGCUAGAAAACCACUCUUAGUAUAUUUUUGCGUAUCACACUCUUCUAAUCUUAAAAGAUAUCUAACGUCAUGUCGGCUGGGACAACAAACGUCUCCGGCAACUCGAGAAUUGGUGGACCUAGGAGCUCAGCUUGCGUGUGGCCUCUCAUUCUUACACGUGCAAAGAGUAGUCCAUGCUGAUGUUGCAUCCAGGAACUGCAUAGUGGAUGAGAAGUUAAGACUAAAGGUGACGGACACGGGUCUAUCACGUGAUCUCUUCCCUGAUGACUACCACUGUCUCGGUGACAACGAAAACCGACCAGUGAAAUGGAUGGCACCCGAAGCACUUCUUCACAACCAGUACACUACAGCUGCUGAUGUGUGGUCAUUAGGAGUAACGCUAUGGGAGUUAGCGACCUUGGGGUCAUCACCUCUAGCCGAGUUGGAUCCAGCUGAUGUUGGAGCUUUUCUUACUGGCGGGUACCGACCAGCGCAACCGCAUAACUGUCCUGACGAAUUGUACGGUCUAAUGUGUUGGUGUUGGACGACAUCUGCCGCCGCCCGCCCUUCGGCGCCGCAAUUACUCGCCGCCCUACACGACUUUCGGCAAGCUCUUAGCACUUAUAUCUAA